AUGGAUAAAUAUACGGAUCAUUUUGACGCUCGUUUAAAAUUUAUAACUUUGAUUAAAGUUGAUGUUAUGAUAAUCAGUGGCGGUGGAGCCACUGAGACCCGUGAGGCUCGAGUCUCACCUGGCUUGUACGAUAUUAUUGAAUUGACAAAUAGACGACGAACAAUGCGAAUAUCAGAAGAAUUAAAUGAGUUCUUUGAUGCUACUCGUUCUGAUAUUCGAUGUCCACAAUGUGAAAAUUUUAUGAAUAAAAGAUUUUAUGUAACAAAAUGGCCGUCAGUAAUUUUAUUAUUUGUUAGACGCUUUGUAGCAUCUGUUGAUGAAAUCAAUCAACCACCUGUGGCCGUUGAUCUAUCAGCUUAUACCAAUCCAUCAUAUGUUUAUUUAUUGACACUAUAA